CACCUAGCGUAGCUUGCUAGCUGUCAUCACUUUUUUUUAUCAGUGUUGGUUUGUUGUUAGCUAACGUUAGAUGUCUUUAUGUAACGUUACCAAUCUUCAUAUCGUUAACUUUUCAGCUUACUAACGUUAGCUCUCUCUAGCUAAGUAUGGACUAACAGUGGUAACUCGUUAUCUGUUCUUAGCUAUCUUGCUAGUUAUCUUUAGAUGUCUUUACGUAACGUUACCAAGCUAGUAAAAUCUCCAUAUCGUUAACUUUUCAGUUGACUAACGUUAGCUCUCUAGCUAAAUAUGGACUAACAGUUAGUGGUAACAACUCCUUGUGACAACUUUAUUAGUUAGCUACUAAGCUAGGUGCGUUUUAGCAACGAUAGUAUUUAACUUACGAACUAGUUGUUUGACCCCCUGAAAAGUCUGCCGGAAGCCAGCAGUGAAAUACAGUUCAAUUUCAAUUUACUAUGUGGAUUGUGUAUAUAGUUGAUCAUUAUGCAGGGGGAAUAUGGAACAUAUACCGUGGGUCUUGCAGUUCCUCCGGGAGGUCAGUUCCUUACUGCUUACCUCAAGUCAAAGUCCCCCACAAUGUCUUGCUUUUUUUGUGCCGUUUAUGGCGCACUUGCAGGACUGUUAUUUUGACAUGAGGGUAAGCGGAGAGGAAGUGGGUCUACAACUGACCCAUGUUUGGAAAGUUUAAUGUUCUAUUAUAUGCUUUUUCUCAACUUCCCCCCAUCAUAAGGACCAACCUUACGGACAAUUGGCAGAGCAUACCACAGAUGACCUAAGACAUGAACAUAAGGAGAAACAUGUUUGAUGCUUUCAAGGAUCAAAUAUGGGAAGAGUUGGGACCUCUGAACCCAAACUGGUUUGAAGAGCUCACUGCUAAAGCUUCCAGUCGGGAUUGGGGUGAUACAGAGAAAGAUAAUCCCAGUACUGCAAUAUCUUGUGGACAAGAUGGCAGUUUCAAAACACCAUUGGGGAAAUGUCCCCUUGAUGGUGAUAUGUUCUCUACCCCGAAGAUUUUCAGGCAGAGAAGACUACAGUCUCCUGAGACGUUGAUAGAAGAUGCAGUGUUUUUUCCUGAUCAAGGAACCUCUGCAACUGAAAAAAUGGACACAAGCCCAUGCUUAUUUGGAAAAUCAAUAGACAGCGGGACCCCUAGUAAAUCCUAUAGAACAAGGCUGCAUGGAGACAGUUUUGGGCUGCUUGACACACCGAAACACUCUACGCAGGCACACUCUGCCAAACGUAUAUCUGAAAGUCUUGGUGCACAGUUAGACCCUGAUAUGUCCUGGACCAGUUCUCUCAAUACACCUGUCAUGUCGCCCACCAUAAUUUUGACUAAAAGUGAGGAGCAUAGUCUUAUGUGCCCAGUAAGAAUUGCUACGGAAGAGCAGGUUAUGUUUGUGCGAAAGCUUUUCCCUUCGGCCAAGGAGUCUAGAAGCACAAUGCUGUCACCAGAACAGAAUGAUAGACCUCUCUGUCAACACAAUGGACUGGAUUCCCACUUGCCUGGUGUGAUUGACAUCUCCCCUGGCUUUCAAGACACGUUACCUGGUGACAGUGGCAGCCAUUGGAAACAGACUUUACCAGAUGCUAUUGAGGACGGAGAAAUCUGCAGCACAAUGACCGGUGUCGUAGAUGGAGCCGAGGAUGUCCUCUCCAUAUUCUUCAGCAACAAAAGUUUGGCUUUACAACGGGUGAAGACCAACGAGAGAAUCAAAAGGAAGCCAAGUGGCGCAACUAAGGAACACGUACCUACUUCUACAACGGAACAUGACAAAGUAUCCAGUGAGGGAGCAGGAGAAUACCAACACACCAGGGAAACCUCUGAGCCUCUUGAGUCCAGGACUGACAUGAAGUCUGGGGAUUUGGUGACUUCUCAGUGGACUCCAAUAAAUGUACCUGACUUUUCAGGCUAUGAUAUGGAUUCAUUUCACCAUGAGGGGUCUUCCUCUACUAAACACAUACUUCCAAAAGGUGGCAAAGGUGAAACAUUCCGUGACUUCACUGGAAGCCAGCAGGAAGCCACUGUCCAGGUGGAGUCUGCUCUUUCCAGAAGAACAUUACUAUGCACCAGCCAGCCAGAGGGAUCUCAAUUGACAGGGUCUGUAGUCGAAAGCUCUCUAGAACACACCUUUCCCAGGAAAACAAGGACAUUUGUUUACUGUGUCCAAAAUCCACUUCUGUCAGUGCAAGAGAAAUAUGUUACUCAGAUGUUACCUGCAUCACCUGGAACUGCUCCCAGAGGUGAAAAUCAGAACAUGAAACAAAGUAAAACCAUACCAGAUGAAGCUGAGUUUAAUAAUCUUAACAAAACUGCCUUGGAUGGGAAAAAGCCGCUAGUUCAGAAAAGUGCAGCUGAAGAAAAUAUUGUUUCACAAGCACCAAGCAAAGACCCUGAUCUUGAUAUGUCACAGCUUUGCAGGGUAUUUGCGCAAGAUUUUAGCCAAGUAAUUGACUACAGUCAACCAUGCAGCAAAAGAGCAGAUGCUAUUAAAAAUGGCUUCUCUGCAUCAGCUUGUCUCUCAGCAAUGAGACUAAGGAACAGAAAACUGUUGAAUAGACUAGAAUGGGGUCAGAAACCUGAACAUUUUAACUCUGGCAUCAGUGAUGAAAUGCAUAUUCCUGGUUCUCAGUUUAGCAACUCUGCAAACACAUCUAGAAUGAAGAGUACAGUGUGUGAUAGCGGCUUCCCCCCCUCCACCCUUUCUGAUGUCACACAAACAGAAUCAUCCAACGUUCACCCUAGCUCUGAAAAAAGUUAUGGAAAUCAAUCAUCUAGAGGGUUUAAAACGGGUAACAACUGGAUUAUCUCUUUGCCUCCAGAAGCAAUAAAGAAAGCGAAAGCAUCAUUAGAUUACUUAAUUGAGGAAAAUAUGACUGAUCUUGUUACUGCUGCCAGUGAAGUGAAACCUGUGUUGUCAUGUGUGACAGGAAGCCGACUGUCCACAGAAGUGAAGUUCAUUAGUCCACUCAACAUUGCCAAAAGGUCAAAGCAAACCAGCGUAAAAUUUAAUGGUCAAGUUCAUGUUCCGACCCAUCAGAGCAUCAAUGUUUCGGUUUCCUCACACCCUGGGUCUGGUUUCAAAAUGGCCUCCAAUAAGAAGAUACAUUUUUUUUCAGCAAAUCUGGAGAAAGACGAGGAUCUGUUUAAGGAGAUUGAGGAUGAAAUACCUGCAGUCAAUAUUCCUGAGAUAAGCCUUCCUGAGGAAGGUAACAUGUCAUGUGGAUUGGAGCUUGUUGAUGGAUCUCAUUUACCACCUCUACUCUAUACACGCCAGAGGUCUGUUAAUAGCCAAGGUCCAUUGACAGCCUCACAGAGAGCUGAUGUUUCAGAAUUGUGCAGUCUCUUAGAAGCUGCAGACAGCCAAUUUGAGUUCACACAGUUUAAACCAGCAAAGCUGAACUUUUAUGUUCCAGAUGGUAGCCCCCCUCGUCAAUCUGAGAAAGAAUUGGAUCCCGACUUUCUCACAGGCAUAGAUUUUGAUGACAGUUUCAACUCUGAUGUUGAGAAGCAAUCUGUGAAGAUGGUCACCCCUGACAAAAAGAUAACUAUUUCUCAUUGCAAGGAAAUUUGCCAAGUAACCACCAAAAUUAAAUCUAGUGGGGCAUCAUCCAGCAAUUCAACAGAGAAAUCCAAAGAACAUGUUAUCCACAGAAGAGUACUUUACAUUCCCAGUUAUAGCUCUGAAAACAUAGCUGAGCAUUCCUUUGGUUUGUUGACAAAAUCCACAAACAAGAACCAUCUACUCGAUAUGGAUACGAACACCAGUGGAAUGGAGUGUGAACGCAAAAAUCUCCCCAAGUUGGAUGUGGGUUUUAAAACUGCUGGCGGAAAUGCUAUGAUAGUUUCAGAGAAGUGUCUGAGCAAAGCAAGGGCCUUGUUUGCAGAUUUUGAGGAAAAAAACUGUGCCCCCAAGUGUGCAGUGAAAAAUACGGAACAAGUUGAAAUUUCACCUGUUCAAUAUAGAGGCGAAGUUGACACACAUGUUGAUUCAAAUGUGACACAUUUUCAUGGCCCUGAAAAGAAAGUAGAUCUGAAGGAACCACAUGAUGAAUACAUUGACAAGAUUAAAGUGGACUUUACACAUUCUCACACACAUGGGGAUGGUGGUUUCCAGACAGCCAGUGGUAAAGGGGUGACCAUCUCGGCAAAGGCCCUUCAAAAAACAAAUGCAGUCUUCAAAGACUGUGACGCUAUGGAAAGUUCAGGUUGUGCGUCAGAAAAGCUGAGCAAAACAAGUGUUGUAUCAGAGACUGGCAGCAAUAAUUUUGAGAGAAACAAUUGUGGCUUCAGCACUGCUCGAGGGAAGAGACUUGAUGUUUCUGCAAAAUCUCUACUGACUCUCCUGAAUGACUGUGGUGAAUUGGAAAAUUCUAAGCCAGGGAAAAUCCCCAGCUUGAAUGCAAAGAUACCAAGUCAGAAUAUUCAGCAGAAAAGUGACUGUGAUUUUAAGAAACCCAGUAUUAAAGCAGCCUCUAUAUCAGCAAGGAUCCCUUUUACAGCAAAAACUCAAUUUGAUAGUGGCAUGUCACAUGAUGUUCUAGGGGCAAAGAGCAAAAUGCUUGAACCAGAAAAUUCUCAAACCCAUGCUAAAGAUCCUUUGAAAAAUGGAUGUGGGUUCAGCACUGCCAGUGGUAAAAUGGUGUCUGUGUCAGAAGGGGCGCUAUUGAAAGCACAGGCUCUUUUGAGUGAAUGUAAUGUAGAUGGAGAGGAACUUUCUAAAUCAAAGAAAAAGAUCAGAGUAGAUCUUCAUAACCCAACACAGAAGCAGAGUGGAUUUAAGACUGCUGGUGUCAAAGAAGUUACCAUAUCACCUAAGGCCCAUAAGCAAGCACAGGCUCUUUUCAACAACUGUGAUUUCAAUAUGGACAGCUUAAUCAGUGCUGAAGCAAAGCAAGGGAAUAUAGACGUAAAGUCUGCUGAUGGUCUGAUGAACAAUCCAGGGAAAAGCUAUUGUGCCUUCAUGACAGCUGGUGGAGAGAAUGUGCAUGUAUCUGAAAAAGGUAUUUUGAAGGCGAAGAGCAUUCUGAAUGAAAACCUUGAUAACUGCACAGACUCAAAUGCCAUUGAGGAGGCUUGGUUUUCAGAUGGUAGAUUUUUGUUACUCACUGAAGAUGGUACAGGUGUCAAAAAAGGAGCAAGGAACAAAUCAAAUUAUUCUGACCUCAACGGGGAUGAAAAGAGCUGUGAUUUCAGCACUGCCGGUGGGAAGACUGUGCAUAUGUCCGAUGGAGCACUCCAGAAAGCAAAGUCUAUUCUGAACGAAUGUGAUGUAAUUGAAAAUCCACAACCUGAGAAUGGCCACAACGUGCAUCUGGAAAAGAUUCCAACAAAGGAAACGCAUGAAAUCUCUCAUGGUAGUGCAGCCAGUGGGAAAGGGGUGUUUAUUUCAGAAAAGGCUCUUCAGCAUGUGAAGUCUGUGUACGUUCUGGGUGAGACUGGUAAUGUAAAAUAUUCAGUUGGCAGUAAUCCAGUCGGAAGCCAUUUUGGUUUUAGCACAGCCAGUGGUAAAGGACUGUCUGUUUCAGAGAAGGCACUUCAAGAAGCGUGUGAUGAUACCCUUGCCAGGGAUACUGACCCUCACAAAAGAUCUGAAGAAAAUAGGCCACUGAAGGUCCCUUCUCCCCAUAUUAAUGUUCAGCGUGUGCCGGUCAAAGCAGUUCGACUGGAGGACCGCGAAGUGAUCCAGACCAUUGUUGGAAUGGAAUGUAAGUCUUCGUCUGUAGAAUGUCAAGCGGAGUCUUCCUUGUUAAAUUUUGAAUCCCUUGGAUUCAGUGGCUGCUCUGUGACCCAGAGGAGGUACUUUGCCCAGGAGGCCAUGGAUUGUACCAAGGCUCUUUUAGAGGACGAAGACUUGACCGAUCAUUGUCCUGGAACACCAAUCCAAGCUAACCCCAUGUCCUGCAAGGGGGGUUUUGAGAUGAGAAGUGGAAUUUGGAAAAGGACGGCAGAGGAUUUAGGGAUGACAGACCAGCCUCCUCUGAAAAGAAAACUCUUGACCAAAUUCGACAGAACUGUGGAUUGUAUUCGACGGUCAAAACUCACUCCAGCUAAAAGCAGUUCAGAUGGUAUAUUUAAAGACAGGAGAGUCUUCAAAUAUAAUGUGGCUCUUCAACCUAAUGUCACGAGGCCAUAUCGCGCUAAUCAGAGAUGUGUAGACACAAGGCUGAAUAAGCCCGAGCCACAGAAGACAACGUCAGAUCCAACUGCCGAAGACCGUAAACCAGUUGGCUCCAAGACAGCUGUAUUUGUCCCCCCAUUCCGGAAGAAUGUCAAGCUUGAGCCACAGGGGAGCAGUGGUCUUCAGGACAAGACUAGAGCGCCUGGUGUAUUUGUUUCCCCGUUUCGAAAAAACAACCGCUUAACCAGGGAGGGUUCCUUUAAGCCUUCAGAAGAUAAUCAUUCUCCCUUCAUCUCUGAAAUGCCUACCAAGACCACAUCUGUUCCACUUCCUGAGUACAACCCCAUCACUGACACUGGUAGUGAUAACGCAAAGGAGUCCAUUAAGGACCCACAAAAUAUUGACAAAACGGACCGAGGUGAUGAUUGUGGCCAUUGCCUUCCUGUCACCCUAGGAGGAGAGGAUGCCACUGCAGAGGAGUCUAUUGCAGGUCAGCUAGCCCCUGAUGCCACCGGUACCCUUCUAGAUGUUGUUUAUGAUGCAGAGUGCUUGCAGCUUGCCCGAGACAUGCAGGACAUGAGGAUCAGGAAGAAGAAGCGGCAGACCAUUAGACCUCUCCCCGGCAGCCUGUACCUGGCCAAGACAUCUGGGGUGGCCAGGCUGAACCUCAGGGAGGCUGUUGGAGGUUGGCACCCUGUACAACACACACACAAACAGCUGUAUGGCUAUGGAGUGCACCGGCAUGUUUGGGAUAUCAGCAGUGAGAGUGCUGAGGCGUUCCGCUUUGUUUGCCGACACUUCUUCAGACGCGAGGCGUUUGUAGAGGGGUGCAUUCAGCUGGCCGACGGGGGUUGGCUCAUUCCUCGCAACGAUGGAACUGCAGGGAAACAUGAGUUCCACAGAGCGUUGUGUGACAGCCCUGGCGUGGACCCCAAGCUGAUCAGUGAGGACUGGGUGUUCAACCACUACCGCUGGGUGGUGUGGAAACGGGCCUGCAUGGAGAGGGCAUUCCCAGAGGUGAUGGGCAGCCUCUGUCUCACACCAGAACAGGUGCUCCUACAACUGAAAUACAGGUACGACUUGGAGGUGGACAACAGCAAGAGGUCAGCUCUAAGGAAGAUCAUGGAGAGAGACGACACUGCAGUCAAGACCCUGGUGCUUUGUGUAUGUGGUGUUGUCACCAAAGGCCAUAACCCAACAAGGCAGAGCUGGAGUGAGACCAAGACCAAAACCCCACCCGGGAGCGCCGCAGGGUCUAAAGCGAAGUCGUCCCCUGUAGGCUUGAUCUGGCUGACUGAUGGCUGGUACGCCAUCAAGGCCCAGCUGGACGUCCCACUGACCGCCAUGCUCCACCGGGGCCGCCUGGCGAUUGGGGGAAAGGUGCUGGUCCACGGGGCCGAGUUGGUGGGAUCUCAGGAUGCCUGCUCCCCACUAGAGGCUCCCGACUCCCUCAUGUUGAAGAUUGGGGCCAACGGCACCAGAGCGGCGCGUUGGUACACCAGGCUAGGGUUCUACAGCAACCCUAGUCCGUUCCUCCUCCCCCUCUCCUCCCUCUACAGCAACGGAGGCCCCGUGGGCUGUGUGGACAUUGUGGUGCUGAGGAGCUACCCUACCCAGUGGAUGGAGAAGAAGUCGGAUGGAGGGUUUGUGUUCCGCGCAGGCCGUGCAGAGGAGAGGGAGGCACGGCGUCAUGGCAACGCCAAACACAGAGCCAUGGAGAUACUGUUCGCCAAGAUCCAGACCCAGUUUGAGAAGGAGGAGGAUGUUACAAAACCUUUUCCGCCUACUGAACAUCACCCAACAGUUUGCGGUAAACCCAGAGGCCGGAGACGGACCCUGCGUGGUCGAGACAUGGAGACACUGCUGGACGGGGAGGAGCUGUACGACGCGGUGGAGAAUGACCCAGUUUAUUUGGAGGGCCGUCUGAGUGAGCAGCAACGGGAGGCGUUGAACAGCUAUAGGCUUUGUGUUGGUGAGAGGAGGCAAGAGGCACUGCAGGAGCGGUUUCGCCAGGCUCUGGAAAGCACCCAGGAGGGCGAGGGCAGGAACUGUCACAACCGAGACGUGACCCCCAUCUGGAAGCUCCACGUCGCUGACUCCAGGGCCAAGCCGGGCAGCAAUGCAGUGUACCUGUUGAAUAUCUGGCGCCCCUCCAUGGAUCUGCAGUCCUUGCUGAAGGAGGGCUGUCGAUACAGGGCCUACCACCUAUCCACGUCGGAGGGCAAGAAACGAGCCGGUAAUACCUCCAUUCAGCUCACCGCCACCAAGAAAACCCAGUUCCAGAAUUUACAGGCUUCUGCAGGGUGGUUGUCUGAGAUUUUCCAAGCCCGAGAGGCGGUCGGCUUUCGCGUUCUCCUGAACCGGGACUUAAAGCCGCUCUGUGGAGAGGUGGAUCUGGUAGGCUACGUCAUCUCCAUCACAGACAGACAAGGUCACUCUCCAGUGGUGUAUCUAGUGGAUGGCUGGCUGGACUUUGUCAAGGUGCGCUGCUGCAGCAGUCUGGUCCAGCAGGGCUUGGAGGAGGUGGUCAAGCCUCUGGCUCUGGUGGCCCUCAGUAACCUUCAGCUCAGAGCCCAUCCCUUCUCCCCCACCCCCAUCCGCAGCGCCAUCCCUGGCCUAUAUGCUGGAGAUCUAGUCUCGUUUUCCACCAACCCUAAGGAGCCACAUCUACAGGAGGCUGCUGCUCAACUCAGGACCCUUGUCCAGGGCCAGGAACACUUCUUCAGGACUGCAGAGGAGAGGUUAUCUAACUUAGUCCAGGUGUCUGUCCAGUGUCUUCCUCCGCUGCCAUGGAAAGCAGCCAAACCAGAUUCAAGGACUACUAUGACACCCCAGCAGUCAGUUCGAAGCGUUGGCCCCUUCACCCCUCUGAACAGCGUCGUCCCCCCUCCACCCGCCUGCUUCUCAGGGGGGGACAACAAAGACCCCAAGAGCUUGAAAAGAAAGAGGGGCCUGGACUACCUGUGUCGCAUCCCCUCUCCCCCUCCACUCUGCCCCUUGGGCACCAUGACAUUACCCUCGCCGUGCGUCAACAAGACCUUCAACACCCCUCGCAGGACUGAGACCCACCGGAUCCUAAAGACACCUCUAGCCCCCCGCUCCACAGCAUGUCCACCUGCCCCUAGAGGAUGAGUGGGUGGAGGAUGAAGAGCUGGUCAUGAUUGACACUCAGGCCUUACACGAUGGCAUAGAGAGAGACACGUGACAGAGAAUGUAUUGGACUGUUAUUUUAAAGGUUUCAGGAAACAUCAGCACAAAGCUGGUCAGCUUCUCCGAGCCCACAUGUUGAAUUUGUGUGUUGGGAAUCCACCUGGAAAGAUGUAGUGCCUUUUGUAAGCUACGGGAGGGGGAUUUUAGAGGCUAACCAUGACAUGAUUGGUGCCAGGUGAAUGUUAACACUAGCAAAUGUUGGAAAAUUAUCAUAUGGAGUUGUUUGUAACAUCAGGCUGAAUCAAGUUAGGAUUUGGUCCAUCUUGCCUUUUGGGCCAAGGUAUUGAUGCCAACAAGGAGCCCAACAAAAUGCAUCGGACAGAAAAGGGGUUGUCUUGGAGAACUCCUGAAAUAGUUUAGUGAAAUGGCAUUAGAAGAACCGUCACGAACUGUAUAAUAUAAAUGAAAAAAUACUGUAACAUUUACGUCCUUGUGUUUAUGACCGUUUGUGCUCACAUCUGCAUGUUCACAAUAAAUGUUCUAAUGUAUUGGUAA